AAGAAGUGCCGUUUCCCGAGAGCUCGGAAGACGCUUACAGAGCAUUGGGAGUUUUAUCUGGGAUACAUACACGGGAUUAGGCUACAGCACAACAAACGAGACAACAUAUUAAUGCAGUAUUACUGCAGGGACAGUUAUAAUAAUAAGUCAUUUAGAUGUCGCGAGUCAACAAGGAAAACGGGACGAGGUUACAGACAGCUGAUCUGCAGACAGCGCAUGUUGGGCCGAAUACUUUUGCUGGAUGUUUGUAACGUUUACUGUUCAGCGCAGGUGAAUUGACCCAUAAUAAGCAAAGGACGCGAGUUUUUUGUGUUUAUACGCCACACUCAAUCGAAUUUUCUACUAGCUACAACUGGGCUUGCUGCCCCCUUUCAAACUGAAAAUGUCGUUAUGCCAGGGAUAUAUGCUGUCCAUGGAAACAUACCUUCAUUUCCAGGCAAAGUGAAACGGCGAUUUUCCUCGCAGCUGCUGCUGCGGCGGCAAAUACAAACGGACAAACUUAUAGCCUGGCCAGGAAGUCUACCCGAAAACGGUCUGAUUUAGAACUCCUUUUAAACUCAAGCUUGGACCGCAUCCGAAUCACGUCGUUUCCACUGCUAAGAGAAACAAAACAACGAAGACGGACAGCUGUCAUCGCUUGAUGAUGUUUUUCACUCACGCCUUACAGACUCUCCUUCUACUCGGGAGUACGCUACAAAUCACAAUUAGAGGUACCCUUUCUCAGACUUCGACGUUCCCAGGUAACGGCCCACAUGGAUCACUGCAGGACAGCGAUUUGGGGAUACUUUUGCCUGUGGAAAACAUACAGAACACACCGAAGAGAGGGACAGCUGGCGAGAAGUUUAAUUCUGAGAAGGGCACCACAAGAACCACUCUUCCUUUGCAUAAAAGUGCAGACCACCACCAGGAAAGGGAAGGCAAGCCGCUGGGGAGGACGAAGCCCUUUGUCAUUGUGGAUGGAUACAGGAAGAAUCUUAGUGAGGCACUGCAGAAGGGCCACCCAGAAAAGCUAGUGUGUGGACUGCAAGUUGGAGGCAACACCUACCUGUUGGACCUGGAGAAAAAUCAUGACCUGAUGCCCAACCCCCCCAAUGUGUUCUACUACCUCCCCAACGGCACAGGGGUCUCAAUAGAGGGGAAUGCAGCGAUACACUGCUACUACCAUGGCUCAGUGAGGGGGUUUCCACAGUCUAGAGUAGCUGUCAGCACCUGCUCUGGGUUGCGGGGGUUGAUUGUGAUCAACGCCACUCUCAGCUUUGAGCUGCAGCCUGAGGAGGAGGAAGGGCAUGGCGGAGGGGAGGGGAUGCACCUGCUCUACCACACCCACCAGCCAGGCUCUCGGACUGGGGCCUGUGGGGUGUCCCACACACCAGUGCCCCCUCUGAACGCCCCGGCCCAUGUACAUAGGAGCAAGAGGGAUAUUCUCUCAGAGACUAAGUACAUUGAGCUGGUGCUGGUGGUCGAUCACAAGGAGUACAUAAACUAUGAAAAGAACAACAAGACUAUCAUCUACCGUAUGCUUGAUGUGGCCAACCAGGUGGACUGGUUUUACAGACCUCUGAACGUACGUGUGGCUCUCCUGGGGCUGGAGAUCUGGAGCGAUCGGGACAAGAUCCUGGUGGACGAGAACCUGAAUGAAACCCUCAACCGCUUCCUGGAAUGGCGUGCCCGCGAGCUGCUGCCCCGCCUGCGCCAUGACAACGCCCAGCUCAUCAUGGGAGACUCCUUUAAUGGCGUCACAGUGGGAAUGGCGUCGCAGUCCUCCAUGUGUUCCAAGGACCGCUCCGGCGGAGUCAAUGUGGACCACCUGGUGAGCGUGCUGGGCGUGGCCUCCACGGUCGCCCACGAGCUGGGGCACAACCUGGGCAUGAGCCACGACACAGCCGACCGACGCUGUCAGUGCCAGAACGAGCCACGCCUGGGCGGAUGCAUCAUGGAGCCCUCCACCGGGUUCAUGCCGGGACAGCUGUUCAGCAGCUGCAGCGCACGCGACCUGUCCGUCAGCCUGCUGCACGGGGGCGGGAUGUGCCUCUUCAAUGUGCCCCAGGCCGAGAGGCUGCUGGGGGGGCCGCGCUGCGGGAACCUGUAUGUGGAGAAGGGCGAGGAGUGCGACUGCGGCCUGCUUGAUGAGUGCAAAGAUCCAUGCUGCAAUGCUAGCACCUGCAAACUGGUUCCAGGAGCAGAGUGUUCCUCUGACGGCAACUGCUGUGACAACUGCAAGCUGCGUCCGGCAGGCUGGGUGUGCCGGGAACCCCUGGGGGAGUGUGAUCUUCCGGAGCACUGCACCGGCACUUCCCCCCACUGCCCCGCCAAUGUCUUCCUUCAGAACGGGGAGCCCUGUAAGGGGAGCGACUCCUACUGCUACAGCGGCGUCUGUGCAAACCUGGACUCCCAGUGCCAGAUGCUGUUGGGACCUAACUCCACAAAGGCCCCGGAAGUGUGUUUCUCCUCCGUGAACAAGCAGGGCAACAAAUACGGCAACUGUGGUCGGAUGGCUAAUGGCUCCUACAUUCGUUGUUCUGAUGCUGAUGUGUUUUGUGGGAAGAUCCAGUGUCAGGGGGGCAGCGAUCGCCUCCUACGGGGCUCGAGUGCCCAGAUCAUCACGGCCAAAGUGCGUCUGAACUCCAGUGAUCAUGUCUGCCGCGGAACUUACUUCAACCUGGGCGACGAUGUCUCUGACCCAGCCAUGGUUGCACAAGGGACUCCCUGUGGGAAGGGCAAGGCCUGUGUGAACCAGCGGUGUCAGGACGUUUCUGUCUUCGGGGUGCAGGAGUGUCAGAGGAAGUGCAACGGUCACGGGGUCUGUAACAGCAAUAAUAACUGCCACUGUGAUGUGGGCUGGGCACCUCCUGACUGCAAAUACUCCGGCCACGGAGGCAGCGUGGACAGCGGGCCUGCCAGGGACCCCAGAGACUCUGACCCGGUGCGAGUGGCCCUGCUGGUCAUCUUCCUCUUCGUCCUGCCGGUGAUCCUGCUCUUCCUGGCCCUGCGCUUCCCGCGGUGUCGCCGUAGGCUCUCCUGCCUGCGAGGCAGCCCCUUCCACAAAGGCCCCGGCCGCCAACAGAGCCGGACCCCAGCGACAGAGCGGGUUGACGUGCGGAACGGGGAACAGGUACAUCCACUGAGGUACCACUGUACUCACCAAACGGACAUCCCGCUGACCCCGCCAGCAACCAAGGUUAAAGACAGGCCUGCCCCUCCUAAUAAGCCCCUCCCACCUGAUCCAGUGAUAAAACCCACCCAGUCGGCAGGGGAACGGCCGGCCCCUCCAAACAAACCUCUGCCCCCUGAUCCUAUUCCAACGGGCGCCAAGCUGACGGUGGACCGACCAGCACCUCCGAACAAGCCUCUUCCCCCUGACCCUGUCCCCACGGGCAGCCAGACCUUCAGACCCGCGAAACCACCUGUCCCCAGGAAGCCCUUGCCUGCUGAUCCCUCAUCACACCCUGUUUGUGGAGUGCCGCCAUCACGCCCCGUCUCUGGAGUCCCCCAGCAGCAUGGAGCCAGUGUAACCCCCACUUAUGGUCCACGUGUUGCCGUUGUCCCAGCAAGGCGUGCUCCUCCUCCACCAGUGCGGACGUCUUCACCCAUUAAAUCUCACUCGCCGCCCCCAGUGUAACCAACAUAGGGCUGAUAUCUGGGGUAUCACUGGGGUUUUUUCGUGAACUGGGUCACACUCCACUAAACUGCACUGAUUCUGAGGGAGGGUUCUGCUGAGAAAAGCCUUUGAACUGUACAGAACUAUGCUGACAAACGCCUCUUCAGCUUUAUGCUGCAAUCCAUUGCCUCUCAUCUCUAAUGUGCUAACUUAAAGACACCCAGACAGCAAUGUUCAGACAAAGGGGCAUUCUGAUGAAAGUUCAGUGAUGUCUUGCAGCUACAAAUGCAUUUGUAAUGGCAUCAUUGCAGUUUGAUCCACAAUCCUGCACAAGGCCCUCUGGACAAGAGUGCUGUGCACUCAGUAAGAGAAAAGACAACUUACAGGCUGCAAUGGAGGGUUUGGGCAAUGGUAAAAGGAACAACAGCCAUGAUGUUUUACUAACUGGAGUAAUGCACUGAAACCAACACCCAAUAUUCACAGAAGACCAAGGAUGCAGGAGCUGCCAAAGAGGACACAAGCUAUGAGUCUGAACAGCUGUCUUUCCUCCUAACAAUUUGAAAUAGUUGGGGAGGAUGCAGUUUUCAGACUGGGGCCAAAAACAGGUCAUUGCCACUUUUAUUAUACAGAUGUGUUUAUGUUCCCAGCCUCCAACAUACUUGUGACAUUUGCACAGAAAUUUGAGGGUUCUCUUGAUACCGUCUUUAUCAGCUAGAUACUGUUGCCGAUCCAAGUAGGUGGUGGCGAAGACCUUGUUUUCCUCCAUAACCCACUUCUUCAUGGUCAAAAGUUUGCCAUUGUCACACCAUCCCUCAAUUUUUAAUUAAUUUUACAAAAAGAUUGAGUCGGCAUUUAGACUCAUUUGUGAAAGAACGAACAGCACUAUGUACUGUAAAUUAACGCUUUGGGAGCCUGAGAGGCAGGACACAGAGAAGAACAUUGAAGCCUGGACUGAAAAAAAAUUGAAGUCAUAAAA